AUGACGUGGUCACUCCAUAAUUUGUGGUCUUUCAGACACUCGCAUGGGCCUCGGCUCUUGUGUUUGCGGCGAACAUCUCCUCGGAUUACUUGUCGGCUUUAUUCUUUAGAAUUCCAACCUUUCGGCAGCUCCAUUGUCAGCUGUUUUCUUGGCAAUCAUAGCCGUCACUUAUUUGGAGGCAAUCGUCAGCUUCUCUUGGGCGGAUCAGUCGGUGUCUCGGUCGGUGUAACGCUUGUGUUGGGGCUUCUCUCGGGUUACUUCACUCUUCCCUACUUGGUGUUCACUAAUCUUUAUGGAACGAUCGCUGCCGUCACUUUGCAAUACCUCUACAAGAAUGUC